UGUGAAACUCAAUACUGACCGCUGGGAGCCUGGGGGAGGGGAGAUACGAACCUACCUUAUUUCUCACCUACGCACCCGUUGACGACAUGAGCGGCCGUUCCACGCCCACGCUGGCCAAGCCCCAGCACCACAAGCGCAACUCCUCUGCCUUCGACGCCCUGAAGAAGGUCCAGAUCAACGGCGCGCGAAGUGAUAAUGUCUUCAGCUCGCUGCGGAACACGCAGAUGGUCGACUCAAAGCCCGUCUUGCCUGCCGAGCUGCUCGCAACCAUCCUGGACCAUCUACCCGUCUCGGAUCUAUGUCGAUUCGCGCAGGUCUCCCGCAGGUUGCGGGAAAUGGUAUACGACGAUACGCGAUGGAUCCAAAAGCUGCACUCUAUGGGUGCGUGGAGAGAGGCCGAGGCCAGGCAGCGCGCAGAAGAUGCCAUGAAGAGGAGGGCGGAAGCACAAUUGUCCAAGCAGGGUGAAGAGUCGCGCCGGACGGGAGUUCACCAGCCCAGUAGUGCGAAUGGCACGUCUGGAGAGGGUCAACGGCAUGCUGGCAGCGUGACCAUGUUCGAUGCGGGCAUCGAGGAGGCGAGAUACAGAAAUUCGAUCGACGCACAAAAGCAGCCGCCCAAGAGGCGAGAGACGCUCGCUGAUGGCUUCGACGAGCUCACCGUGAGUGGCACUCCUGCUUCACCGACCAAGCCGUUGCAGCAAGCAGAUCCACAAAUGGCACUGCACGUCUUCGAACGAGUGAAGUCCAUCCGUGGCUAUGCGAGGCAGGAGUUUGGCAAGAUAUAUGGUGCGCUGAGUCCACUCUACCUCGAUCUCGCGCGUACAACGGCACACUCAGAUGCGCAGUUGUUUCGCACAUAUCGCGAUCCAGAACAGCAAGCUCAGAUACUUGGCAAUCUCAAACGCUUUGCGCAAUGCGACAUUUCCUAUGGUUGGGAGCAGCGUGAACAACGACUCGACUCCAUGAUCAGUGUAUUUGAGAAUGCUGUGUUACAAGAGUUCGAGCAGGGCUACCAUGCUGACGAUGUGACUGGUCGCAUGCAUCGAUAUGCCCAUGUACUCGUGACGCUGAACGGUGGCAGCUCUGUUGUCAAUGCCUUCAUCUCCAAUCAUCCUAUUCUGACCAGAACAAAAAGACUCGGCCAGCCGUUAGACUGCUUGGAAGGUUGUGCACCCGGUCAUGUCGACUUGAACCCGGCACAAAGAUUUUUUGAGGGCUUAGCGGCAGCCAUGGCUCAACAAGCCCAUGUGAUCGACGCAACAUUCCCAGCCACCGUUGAUGUGCUGGCGGUGUUCUGGACACGACUCUGCCAAGAUGUAAUUGCAGAGUACCUUACCGUCCUUUUCGACGAAGCCCGCUCACGCGGCGCUGAAACUUAUGUGAAAGCUGUCGCUGGCACGUUCGGACAGGCUCUAAGGCUCGUCCAGUCACUCAAGCCUACGAAGGCCUCUCCAGCGGACUUUGAAGACGCCUCGAAACAGAUCUUGCUGAACUGCUUCGACAAGCACAUCAGCUUGUACUUGGCCGAAGAGGUUAAUGUCUUUCGCACCAAAGCAGAGUCGGCCGUCAGUCUGUGGGAAAGGGAAUUGUCAGAGCAAGAGGCGUCGACAGAGGCAUUCUACAUGUCCAAUGUGAGUCGCCAAGCGGCAAAGCGCGACUUCUUGUCGUCGUUCAAGAAGGUCGUCAUGAUGCCCGUGAACAUGUUCCCUGCUUCCACGACCACCAAGCCUGCGAAUGCGACUGUGGCCAACAGAUCAUCUGCAGCUGUCAGCUCAGACACUUCGUAUACCGGAGGGCGGCCGGCUUCCCCGGCUCUUCCUGGGGCAUCGGCAUCGCCUCUACGACCAGGCACGCCGGCUCAUGAUCCUCCUACCACUGAAUUGGCGGCCAAGACUGCCAUCCUCAAUUCACGACUCGAGCGCAUCAAGUCGCUCUUCAGCAUUGAAGUGGCCCUUGACCUCACCCGGUUCGCCAAAGCCUCCAUUGAUCGUGCUGCACUCAUGAUGGCAAUAGGAGGCGCACAUGGAGUAGAAGCGAAGAACCAAUGCUCUGCCAUCUUCGUUUUGCUGCUCGAUAUCCUGGGCACCAGACACGUGAAGGAUGGCUUCGAUAAAGCAGUCGGACAUCUUGGACAGUACAAUCCUCGCGAAGUACGCAAGUUCAAAGAGGAGAGCAAACCAGAUGGAGGCGUUCCCGCUGCGUCAUCUUCUCACAUCGGCGUAGAACCUCUGGUCACCUUUCUCGAACUCGUCAACGUCGGCGACCUCAUCCAGCAAAUGAUUGACGUCUUCUAUUCUCAAGAACUCGUCGCAACCAAACUCAUCGAUCGAGACGAUUUUCUCGAUCCCGCUGUCAAGGAUAAGAAGAAGUUUGAACAGAUGCUCGACGAACGUGUCGCCGCCGGUCUCAACAAGGGUAUAGACGUCCUCAUGGACGAAGUUGAAUACAUCUGCUCGACCACCCAGCUUCCGUCGGACUUCAAUCCCGGGCCCGAGAAUCCCGUGGUCGACAUCGGCCCGUCCGCAACCGCCACAUCCAUCGUGGACAUGGUAUCCGGACACACCGGCAUGUUAGUCGGCUCGACAGACAAAAACAUGCUGGACGUCUUCAACCAAGAAAUCGGUCUGCGACUCUUUGGCGCAUUGUGCAAACAUUUCAAACGACAACGCAUUUCCGUCGACGGCGCCAUCAUCCUCAUCUCCGACAUUAACCACUACUCCCAAUUCAUCUCCUCCCUGCGCCAAAAACCUUUACUCCCAUAUUUCCACGCCCUGCGCGAACUCAGCCAAAUCUUCCUUGUGCACAUUGACCCUCCCGCGAGUUACUUUGGCAGCAGCAACAACAGCGGAGGAAGCGGAGGAGGAGGAAAAAAUUCCAGCGGCAGCGGCAACAAAAGAGCAAGUAUCCUCAGCACCAAAGCCACCAGCACACAAAUCCAAGCCAAAGAAUUGGCCACGCUGAUUGCAGAUUCACAACGAUAUGUGGGCAUUUUCCCCACGGAAGAAGUCUAUGAAUUUGCGGAACGGAGAGCGGAUUGGUAUAUGGUCAAGGGAGAUGUCGAGAGAGCCAUGUAUGGAGUGGGAUGUGUGGUGAUGUGAGAAAGUAAAAAUUUAACGCAUGUGGGUGGGUUUGGGUUGUAUGAAGGAGGAAGGGAAAGCGAGGAGGAAAGAAGAAAGGAAGCGAAAGGAAGCGAAAGGAAGAAAGAAGAUUUGACACGGGGAAAAACUGGACGAGGGAAUAUGUAGUCUUGAACGUGACAGCGUGACAGAGAUGAAUAGGAUGUGAGAGAUUCGGGAAACAGAUUUCCUAGGUAUCUAUCAAUCAAUAUGAAAAUCGAAAAUCGGGAUAUCCAGGCAGUUGGAGUGUGCCAAGGGAGGUAGAUUUUCAAAGCAAACAUGUCUAAAUGGCAGAACAAAACGAC